GCAAACUAUGCCUAUCCUAGUUGGAGCGCACGCCCUCACUUCUUGUUGUGAUUAUUGUUUUCUAGCCUCAAAUGUUAGCUAGCUAUCGUUGCUCACUGGGAACGACACAUUUAGACAGCAUUUUUGUAUCUAAACAAAUUGCUAUACUUACUGUCGAAAAUUAAUAAGACAGUCGCUUAAUUUAAAGGAUAUCCUAUCUCUCCAUUCAAAUGUACAAUAGGAUGACACAGAAGCUAACUGCAGCCCCAGAAAGAUGACCUGCACCACCCUAGGGCAUGGUCGGGAUGGGGCCAGAUGUGCCCUUGCUCAAUGAAUACAAGCAGGAGUUCUGGAAGCGCUUCCCUCAGAUGGUGCUGGGGGGUCCGCGCUUGAAGUUGGGCUACUCUUAUAUCUAUGUCAACCAGGCGGUCUUGUUCUUGACACCAUGGCUGUUGGGUGGCAUUGGCACACUGCUGUGCCAGCUGCAGGAGGAGCUCCACGCUGCCGUGCUGUCUGGUAUGCUCAUGCUGGGGGCAGCAGUGGGUGUCCAGGCCUUGGCACUGUAUGCAGCCCGCAGGAAUGGCACGGUGGAGAGGUUGGGAGUGCCUAACAUUCUGGCUGACGAGGAGGUGGAGUUCACCAACUGUGUAGGCCCAGAGACGGUGAGGUUCAUCGCCCCGGGGAAGAGGUUUGGGCUGAACGUGGUGCUCCACACCAUGCUGGCGGGGGCCCUCUGUGGGCUGGGAACAUGGUAUGUGCUCCUGGGCAGGUUAACUGCACUCUACGGCAGUGUGGGUGUAGCCUUGGUAGUCUUUGUCCUGAGCUGGGUGACGUACGCCCUUAUCAUCAACACGGCCACAGCGAUGGCCACAUUCCAUGCACAGGACACCUAUGAGAUCAUCCCACUCAUCCGACCACUCUACAUAUUAACUUUCAUAGCUGUGGACCUUGCUGAUAGAUUUACAGAUCCAGAGCUCCAGCUAACCAGUCAGGUUCUUCAUGUGGUGUUCCUGGUCCUACCUCUGCUGUUGGCGCUGGGCAUGCUGUCACCUCUGGACGCCCUCCUCCUUUGGGGCAUGGAGCAGGCUCUGGUGUUCAGUUUGGGCGGCUCUCCCAUGUCCAGUAACCUUAGGUUGCUGGGGAUGUUCGCCAUAUCUGCAUGUGUCACUGUUUGUACCUUCUUCAUCCCGUCCACUGUGGGUGUGGUCGUCUUCUCCAUGGCCAUGGGGUUUCUGCUUAGUUUAGAUCUCAGACAAUUUGGGGCACAUUGUAGAGGAGGGCCCAGGGUGACCCGCGGCGACAGUGGAUGGCGUAGGGGGGCAUCCUCUGCCACUCCCCGCUGGUUUGGCUGGCAGUUGUGCUGCAGGGAGAUGCUGCUCUACCUGGGGCUGCUGCUGGGAGCCAUGGCUGAGGCAGGCCUCUUACAUCACUUCCUCAGUCCCUCUCAGCCCCAGAACCUCAAGCUGCUGAGCUACCUCCUCAUCCUCUUCAUUGUCUGCUGGGCUCUCGGAGAGAUCCAGGGAGCCUAUGUUUUUGGAGGAGUGUUCCUCAACCCACUGUACCCAAGAGGAAUGGCCAAUGUCCGGGUGUUCAAGCAGCGCAGAAGGGGUCUCUCCGUGGCUGGGGCCAUCAGGAGGGUGCUGCUCAAUCCGAUGUCUCCCUUUGCAAUGAUUGCUUUGCUGAUGCUGGAUGGCUCUAUUCAGCAACUCCACACAGCCUCUCUUGUGGGAUUCACCCGGGCCUUCAGAAUGGUGUGGCAGAGCUUUGAGGAUGCCCUGUUUCAGAUGGUGGUGUCAGUGAGGCUGGCUGCAGGGGAAACCAGACUGCCUGGGUGGGACAGUAUGGGCAUAAGGGUCCAGCUCCUUCUGGUGGGCCUGCUGAGUGAUAGGCUGCUCCAUGUCCUGUCCAAGCUUAAGUUUGCCCUGGCCGUGCUGGUGACCUCCUGGACUGAGAAGAAACAGCGGCGUCAGUCGGCCGGGACCGGGACCCUGUGUCCUCUGCUGCUCUCUGUGGUGUUCCGGUCUGCCAUGAUCUCUGCUCCUCUGCUGCCCCUCUUCUCCCUGCCCAUCUUCCUGGGCUUCCCUAGGCCUCAGCAUAGUUGGGUUGGGCCCGGGGGCACCGCCUGCCUCUGUCCAGACUCCAUUUACUACCAGCAGAUGAGUGGGAGCCUGGCCUGUGCUCUGAGGAGUACCUUCACCAGGGGAUCACUUGGUUUGUUCUCUGGCUCCCACUUCCUGGGUCGCUUCCAGGACCGCAUGGUUUGGAUCAUGAUCUUGGAGAGAGGAUAUGGCUACUGCACGGUCAACAUCAAGGGUCUGGAGCUGCAGGAGACGUCGUGCCAUACAGUGGAGGCUCGGAGGGUGGAUGAGGUGUUUGAGGGGGCCUUUGAGCGCCCUAAACCAGGAUUAAACCUGCACUUGGGUAACGCCCUCACCCCUUGUGCUGCCCUGCCUGUCCACGUCUACUCUCAUGCCUGAAAUGUGCUUUCGGGUAUCAUUGACUCGCAUGACCUGAGGAAGCUCCAGGAUGACUUCCUGAAGGCCCUGGUGUGGCUGCUGCUGAGGAACUCUGUCCAGAGACAUAAGACUUUUACUGGGGACAGGGAAAGGGAAGUAGCCUCCCAUCUUGGCCAGUCAACUGUCACCCAGCCUGCAGAGGCUGUCAUGGUGGAGUCCGUCUCCUCUCUCAAGUUUAGACGGGACAGCUCCAGUUUGACCUUCUCCGGUGACUGGUCAGAUGAGGAUGACCUGUUUGGGGCUCAGCCAGCCAGGAGGACGGUGGUGCUGGUAAGUACGGUGGUCCAGCUGGGACACACAGUGCUCCACACCAGCCCCUCACUGCCAGGCUCUGUGGAGAUGGACAGUAGGUUUGAAAACAUGGCCCUCUCGUCCCUCCAGCCUCUGGGGCUCCCGGCUGUGGACAAGGGCAGGAACCCUGAAGUAACCCCCACAGAGUCCUCCGGCAUCUUGGCCCAUGCAAACUUCAGCUGCCCCCACACUGAGCUGUUCAGUCUGCCCCCUGGGUAGAGGACAUCCCCCUUAUCAUCCCGGUUGCAGCAGCCCUAUGCUUUGUUCCCUGAGUGGUUUCGGUUCACUCUGGGGCAGUUGGCACUGUCCAUUCAGGACAAGGCUUUGGAAGAUGUGACCAAAGCCCUGAAGGAGGAUGAGGAGCUGAGGGACCUGUCAUGCCUCAUCUCCCUGGGGGCAGAGUCUGCCUUUACCAGCCCCAGCUAUGUCUACAGGGUCUACUGUGGGGACGUGCCUUGGACAGAGGGGCUGGAGUGGCUCUCUGAAAACAAAUUACUUCACCAGCUUGCACUUAAGGCUUUCAGGUACAGUUUCAAGCUGCUGUUUGAUCAGGUGAGUCUGGGGCCAAUAGAGAGUCUUGAGGAGCUGUUCAGCACACUGGAGGAGUAUGAGAGGGACUGGUACAUCGGCCUGGUGGCUGACAGAGGCUGGCAGGACUGUGUCCUACAGGAGAAACCCUUCCUCUUCUCACCGGGCCAUGACCUCACCCUGGGUACAGUAAGUGACCUCUACCUGCCUGUCUCCACAGGGCUGGUUCAGGUAGGCCGUCUGAAUGAGGUGGUGGUGCGUGGCUAGUGGGCUAACCUGUCCUGGGACCUGCUCUACGCCACCAACGAUGAUGAGGAGCACUACAGCAUCCAGGCCCACCCCAUCAUGCUGAGGAACCUCACUGUCCAGGCACGACCCCCUCUGGGGUACGCCAUCUACUCCUCUGUCCCCCUGCACCUCCCCUGCUUCUAACCCCAACCCCUUGUUGGGAUACGCCAUCUUCACCGACUCCCCUAUACCCACCCUGCCUCUGGUUUUCCUAACUUUAUCACUGGGUAAGCCCAAUGUUGUGGGCUGUAAAUGUAACCCAUCUAGAGGUCGGCAACAGGCGAGCCAAAACUGGCCCGCAAUUCAUUUUUGGCCCCAAAAGGUUUUGUAAAAUACAAGAUUAAAUGUAUUUGGGGGAUUUUAGUUUGUGAAAAAAAUACUAGAAAUCACUAGAAAUUCAACAAAAAGUGUUUCAUUUAGGAAAUCUGUUCCAGUGUUCCUACAAAUAAAAACAGGUGCUCGUGUCUCAAUGUAUGAAAUAUUUUUUUGCUAAAUUCAAUCUCUUUUGGGCUUAGUUGUGGUCAAAUGGCAGUUUAUAAUUAUUUUGCGUCCCCUCGGCAAAAAUCGUCCCGCAGCUGAAUCUAGUCGCCUACCCCUGCACAAGGGUAUCUUAGGAAAGUACCUGGAAGGCAGAUUAAAACAAAUGGUUUCAUUCAUGCAGGAGCGACAUUACCAAAGGUGUGGUACUAGUUCAAACAACGGAAUAUCAGCUUUCUGGAGAGAAAAAAAUAUUUACAUGGGAUAUAAUUGUUCAGAAUACAUUUAUCAUUCUGGAAAAAACUAUUGUAUCAUGUGUAAAUAAAAUUUAAAUCAGAUACAACCACCUUCCCCUCAAGAGGACAGCCAACACAGUGCCAAUUUCAUGAUAAACUUAUUUAGCAAAUGUUUUCCCUCAAAUACAGUUAUGUAAUGCUCCCAAAGGCAAAAUGGGACAAAGAUUUUGCUUUUUUUAAAUUUAUUAUUCAGUGUUAAAUUCAAGGAUGUGCCUUUCGGUUGGUCUUCAUUUUGCUAUCAUUUUGUUUACAGUUCUUGUUUUUAAGACUAACUAAUGUUCUCUUGUACAUACUGAUGUGUGUAAUUGUAUAUACACUUAUAAUAACGUUUUCAAAGAAACCUGAUAGGCUAUUGUUUACUGGAGAUUGGUUAGUGCUAUAGACAUUCAUCACAGAUCUGUGGGGAGUGCAUUAAUUAUACUCCACCUAUCAGACAAUCUAAUCAAUUUUAAUGUUCCUCAUUCUCUCCUCUUUUUUCCCCAUCAACUGAGUCAGCCUGGACACAUCCUAAUUUCAUAGGCUAGAGGAAAAUCUUCAAUGUUUCUAUUUCCACCCUCAUCCCUAUUCUUCUGCUUUGUGGAGGGCUGUCCUAAAACAUUUUCCAAAUGAGACAAUUGCUUCCAGGUUCAAGUUAACCCAUUUCAAGGUGGAGCUCAAGCAUUUGGAAUGCCUUUCAGGAAGACUUGGGCUUUGUGAAGUAAGCAGAGUCUGCGUCCUGUAAAACAAAGCUUAAUUUUAAAGUUAUCUUUUUUCGACUGUAAAAACAAAUCUGUAGCACAUGCCAAACAUAAACAUUUUACAUUCUGGGGAGACGCUCUGUCACUCAAGAAGUUAAGGCAUCAGAACAUGGACUUGUCAACAGGAUGAUGUGGGAAUGGGUCAUAUCUCAGUUUAAUGAAAGGUGACUGAUUCUACUUUAUCCAUAUGUCCUAUGUUCUGAGGCCGAUCUUGCUUCAUUGUCUGUUUCAGGUGUCUAGAUUUCAAAUACUGUUCAUUGACAGAUGAAGAAUCUGUAGAGAAUCACGUAGUCCCGUGUAGCUCAGUUGGUAGAGCAUGGCGCUUGCAACGCCAGGGUUGUGGGUUCGUUUCCCACGGGGGGCCAGUACAAAAAAAGUAUGAAUGUAUGUACUUGUAAGUCGCUCUGGAUAAGAGCGUCUGCUAAAUGACUUAAAUGUAAUGUAAAUGUAAGAAUGAAAACCUGCAAACUCACUAUCUAAGUUGCCUUUGCCUUUCCUCAGUCUGUAUUUUUCUCCUUUGUAUAAUUUUUUAAAUACACUGCUCAAAAAAAUAAAGGGAACACUUAAACAA